GGAGGAGGUGGAGGAGGCGGCGAAGGCGGCGAAGGCGAAGGGGCUGUGCCGGCGCCGCCCGGAGCCAAAAAGGAGGUCCCCGUGGCUGGCUUGGACCCGCGAGCGGCGGCGGCAGGAGCGGUAGAGGCGGCCACUUCGGGAAGGACAAAGGCAGAAGCGGGCGAGCUGCUUUGGAGGCGGCAGGCCUUUGGAGGGCCGAGAACUUGAGAAGAUGAGGAGCUUAAAGACAGAACAAAAGGGGGAAGAUCAAGGGAGCAGAGAAAAAUAGACCAGAUCCGUGAAGAUCUGAAGCUCUCAAGGAUGGGCCUGCUUCUCUGCUGCUGAGGACGGAAGAAGGAAAAACCAAGGGGAAGAAGCGGAGACCUACAGUGACAGGAAGAGGGGGAGGAAAGCCAUCAUCAGUCUCUACCCAGGAUUUAGAAAACCAGCCAAGUGAAAAGAGUCGCCAAGGUUUCCCAGUUUUUACUCAAAGGCUUUUCCAGCUGGCCUCUUCUAGGUGUGUUGGGAGUGUUUAAUUCCAUGGCUCCGAGCAAAUUGGGCUGAUGCCAGGUUGUAGGAGAUCAACAGCCCUAAACCCUUCCAAAUCCAAGGUAAAGCUGAGGACGUGUAACCCUUGAUCUCGUCAUGGGGCCGAGGAUGACGCACAUCCAAAAUAUCAGAAAGCUUUAGAAGCAUGUAAGAAGAAGAGGCCAGCUGCUGUUCAAGAAGGGAAGAAGGAAAACAAAAUGAAAAGACGUGUUUUCGCCCUACCUGCUUGCAGACGAAGAGCAGAGAACGUUAGCUUUCUUCUCAUCGCUCCAGAAGACCUUCUCAAGGGCCGUUCCUUGGAGUAAACAGCCUGUUCGUGGCUAAACAAAAGAUUUUGCAAUUCCUUUUUUUUUUAAUUCCCACCUCUUUGGACCCCUUGUGGUCUGCCAAAAUGAUGGUCCCUCUGAACAAGAGCCUGAAAAUGUUCACCCUUGCCUUACUGUUCAUCAUCACCAUCACAUCCUUCCUACUCAACUACACCAACAACGUGGUGUCUACUUCUUGGGAUCCCAAGCAAAUCGCGUACCAGUUCUCGGAGCGGGUCAGAAAACUGCUGAAAUAUUCCCGGCGGCCCUGCAGUUGUGACACCUGCAUUUUGGAAGAGAGUUCAGCCUGGUUCGAAGAAAGGUUCAACAUAACUAUUCAACCCUUCUUAACCAACCAAAAUGCCUUCCUGUCCCAGGAUAACUACAGCUGGUGGCUGAAACUCCAGGGAGAGAGAAGUCCCAAGCCUAUGAAUGAGGUCAUCCAGGAACUCUUCAGCUUCAUUCCAGGAGACUGGGAGCACUUCCUAGACAGGAGCAGUUCGCGGUGUAGGAGGUGCGCUGUUAUAGGAAAUUCGGGGAAUCUUCGGCAGUCACAGUAUGGCCAAGAGAUUGAUGCUCACGACCUUGUGUUUAGAAUGAACAAAGCCCCAACAAAGGGCUUCGAGUCGGACGUCGGCAGCAAGACAACUCAUCACUUUGUCUACCCGGAAAGCUAUCGAGAACUAGGGGAGACGGUCAGCAUGAUUCUCAUCCCCUUCAAAGUCUUGGACCUGCGUUGGGUCAUCAGCGCCCUCACAAAUGGCACCAUCAAUCACACAUAUAUUCCUGUUCCUCGUAAGAUCAAAGCCGACAAAGACAAGAUCAUGGUUUAUCAUCCUAGAUUUAUGAAAUAUGUUUAUGACAACUGGCUCCAACAUCACGGGAGGUAUCCCUCAACCGGCUUCCUGUCCAUUAUCUUUGCAAUUCACCUCUGUGAUGAGGUGGAUCUCUACGGCUUUGGGGCAGACAGUAAAGGCAACUGGCACCACUAUUGGGAGAACAAUCCUUCUGCGGGAGCCUUUCGUCAAACCGGCGUCCAUGAUGGGGACUUUGAAGCCAACGUGACGCAAAUCCUUGCCUCCGCGGCCAAAGUACGUCUCUUCAAGGGCAGAUGACCCUGGCUGUCGAACAAGCGGUGAUCUCUGACGAGAAGGAAAGGCAAAUGUUUUCAAAUAAAUGGAGUCUCGGAGUGGGUGGUCUGUCAGGUCCCAGCCGAGAAAGCUUCGGAGAACUGCAAGCUGCAAUUAGCAGGCAGCUUUUGAAAGGCCCCCUCAAAUACGGCUUCGGAGUUUUGACAGCGUAGGAAAAAAAAACGCCCAAUUUGGAAAGGAAUGUCCUUAUUCGAGAUUCUCCUCUUUGUAACCAAUGUUUUGAUUCCUUUUCCGUUCGUCAGGAUGACUCGGUUUUCAGCGUCUACAAAAAAAAAAAAAAAAAAAAGCAGGGGAGGCAGAGGAGAUCAGGGAUUUGCAAACACCCUCUUGAUUUCAAAAUUACCUCAGAAAAAAGCUUUAUUCCAAUCACGGUCUUUUCUUUUGAAGGAUCCUGACAAGGCCAAAAACAACCCUCUCUGGUUCUUCCUGGGGGCGGGGAUAUACAUGCGGGUUGCAGCCUGUGAGCAAAAGCUUGCCGUGCCAUGUCGUUUUGUGUUUCUUUUUGGGCUAUUGAAACGAAACACCCUGUUUCCGGGUAAUAUUAUUACCAUCGCUAUUGAGUGUGGUUACAAGCCCAGGAGUAGGCCUCUAAGGAAAUAAUGCAAACGGAAGGUCAAUAUUUUUAUUUACUUUCCUUUUUCUUUUCUUUUUUAAAUGGUUUGCCACAGCAUGGCUCUCAAUUCUCUUGCAAAGCAGAUA